AUGCUUCGACCAAUCGCUAACCUUGAUCCGGAACAGUCAGAAAUGAAUUGUGAAGUCUGCCAAAGGCAGGAUGUGGAUGAAUCGGACACAUUAUUUUGCGAUCAUUGUCAGCGGUCGUUUCAUAUUGGUCGCUCUGCCGUCUCCGGAGAAGUAAGCGACGUUUCUUGGUGUUGUCCUGAUUACGUGAACGGUGUUGGUGAUGCUAUGCUGCAAGAGGAGAUUAAUAAGUUCGAAGAGGAGAAAAAGAGGCAGAAGCAAAAGCUUGAAAUGGAAAAGAUUAUACACCGCUUGCGACUGGAGUUUCAACAGGAGAUGUUCGAGGUGCGCCAUCAACUGGAAAAAGAAAAGCGGGAAAUGGAACAGGAGUUUGAAAAGGCGCAAACGGGAGAGAAAAUCGCCGAAGAGAAAGUUCAUCAGAAGAAACUCGGGAAAUUGCGGACAGAAAUGAAGGAGAAACUGAAACAGUUAAAACUGAAAGGGAACAGGCAGGAGAAAGUAAAAUCGGAUACGUCGAAACCAGAAAAGAGAAAGUUCGAGAAGGAAAAGUCGAAGAAAGGAAUGUUGGGCAAGACGGAACUGAUACCUGCUGAAUUUCAAGAAUCCUAUCAACAGCACUCAAUCCCGAAAAAGGCCGGCCACAAAGACGACAGGAAGGUUAAGCAUACCGAGGUUCCGAAGAAGAAAAAUAAGAAAACGGCCGGUAAGACGAAUGAAGAUGAUUCGGAGAGUGAUGAACAAGUAGAAGAAGAGUCGUCCGAACAGAGCAGUGAAGAAGAAAGUUCCGAAAACGAAGAAAAGGACAAUAGUUCUGACUGCGAGGACGAAAGCUCGGAAUGCUCCGCGGAAGAAGAAUAA